AUGCCGCAACCAGAACCACCAGGAUUAUACCGCCAUCCCACAAGAAGCGAGAUCAUCGACCUAGCCGCAGCAGAAGGUCAUGAUGCAGAUAUCCCGAGCAACCUCGGCUCGAUACACCAAGUGCCUAGCCGUACAUCGGAAAGACGGCACUCGCUAGAUGAGAAGAAGGGCGAAUACACAACUGGCGAAAGAGAUGUUGAAAAGGGGAACGGCUCAGGUUCAAUCUCCAGUGCAGACCAACCCGAUGCAGAAGAGGAACCUGAACGCGAUCCGAAUGUUGUCGACUUUGACGGUCCUAACGACCCAGAGAACCCCAUGAACUGGAAAACUUCAAAGAAAUGGGGCAUGGUCGCGCUCAUAUCGGCGAUUACGUUCCUAACGCCUCUUGCGAGUUCGCAAUUCGCACCCGGUGUGCCGGAGGUUAUGCGCGACUUCAACUCGACGAGCGAUCUGCUUGAAGGUUUCAUGGUGUCAGUUUACGUUUUGGGCUUCGCUUUUGGGCCAUUGAUCAUCGCACCACUUUCGGAGAUGUAUGGUCGAUUGCCGUUGUACCAUAGCUGCAAUUUUCUGUUCAUUGUCUUCACAAUUGCAGCGGCUGUGGCGAACAACAUGGCGCAGUUUGUUGUGUUCCGAUUUCUCAUGGGCUGCUUUGGAGGAGCGCCCAUGGUACUUGGUGGAGGAACUAUCGCGGAUUUGAUCCCAAGAGAGCAGCGUGGUACUGCCAUGGCCGUCUGGAUGAUGGGUCCAACGGUAGGGCCUUGUGUCGGUCCAAUCAUCGGUGGCUUUUUGACUGUAGCGAAAGGCUGGCGAUGGAACUUUUGGUUCGUCGCUAUAGUGGGCGGGGCAUUCUUCAUCAUGUCACUCAUUCUGAUGAGCGAGACAUCUGGCAUCAUCAUUCUACAACGGAAAGUCAACCGCCUCAAAGCCGAAACAGGCAACACGAAACUACGAUCUAAGCUGGACAGUGGCCUCACUCCACGCCAGCUCUUCAAAUUUUCAAUCAUCCGACCAGCCAAGAUGCUGUUCCGCUCAACUAUCUGCUUCGCCAUCUCGCUCUACAUUGCGAUCACAUACGCCUAUCUUUACAUUCUGUUCACCACCUUCACUGCGGUGUUCAAAGGACAAUAUGGCUGGCAUGGCGGCAUUACUGGUCUCUCGUUUCUCGGUCUCGGUAUUGGCUCCCUUAUCGGACAAUUCACUUACAUCCACUAUGGCAACAAAGUGGUACACAAGCACAUGGCGCGCGGCGACUUCCGCCCUGAACACCGGCUGAAAAUGAUGUGCAUCGGUGGCUUCUUCAUCCCUUGCGGUCUCUUCAUCUACGGUUGGAGUGUACAAUACCAGACGCACUUCAUGGUGCCCAUUGUUGCAACAGGCAUCAUCGGGUUUGGUCUGCUGAUGACGUUCAUGCCUGCGACUACGUACUUGGUCGACAAUCCCGGAAGUAAACAUUGGUUCCGCAAGUGUUCUAUCAAUCGCUCUGAUUGCGCCUUAGUCUCCUACAUCAACACACCACUCGCUCCGCCGCUCACGGAAAGUAAGAGCUACUUCACCAUGGCAUCCUCACUACCAGAGUCCAACACAUCUCUCACAUAUACGCAACCCUCAUCUGAGCCACAUCUCACACAUACACCCAUACCAAAGCCAGGUCCCCAAGAAGUCCUAGUGAAGAUCAAAGCCGCAGCAAUCAACCCCGUCGACAUCCAACUAUGGGGAAACCCCAUGAUCGGCUGGCUAGCAGGCAAGAAAGAGAAAGGAAUAGGACGCGACUACUCUGGAGAAGUCGUAGCCCUGGGCGAAGAAGCAAGUAAAAGCGGGAAAUGGGAGGUUGGUGACGAAGUCUCUGGAUUGUGUAAUCGACCUAUGGCAGAAGGAACAUUCACACAACACCUCUCCAUCAACCCAACUUCAGAGCCCAUCGCAAAGAAACCAACUACCCUUUCCCACCACGAAGCCGCCGCCAUCCCUCUAGUCGUCCUAACAGCCUUCGCCUGCCUCGACUGGCUCCCCUCCCCAUCCAGCUCCCCAUCCCCCUCCCAACGCCGCGUCAUCGUCUCCGGCGCCAGCGGCGGCGUAGGAAUGUGGUGCGUGCAACUCGCCAAAAAGCUCUAUUCCUGCCACGUAACCGGCAUCUGCUCCGGCUCCAACGUCGAUUUCGUGCAAUCCCUCGGAGCAGACGAAGUCAUCGAUUACCGCACACAAGACGUGCCCAACUCGCUUCUUUCCAAACGGCCCGGCGGCACGAAAUACGAUUUGUACAUUGAUUGUGUGGGCGGCACGGAGAUGUUUGCGCAUUGGAAUGAGUUGCUUCAUCCGUCGGGCGCGUAUAUUACUAUUGUUGGGGAUAAGACUUCGAGGACGGCGAUGGGUGGGCCGUUGACGUAUUUUACGUAUCCGUCGCAGGUGAUGAGACAUGUUUGGGGGUACUUCUUUGGGCCAAGGUAUGCGAAUGUGAUCUUGUAUCAAAAGAGUGAGCUGCUGGAGCAGGUCAGAGAGUUGGCAGAGAAGGGCGAGGUGAAGGUUGUAGUACAAGAUGUCGUUAAGGGGAUCUUGACAGAGGAAGGAUGUAAAGAGGGGUGGGAGCAGGUCAAGGGGUAUAUGGUCGAAGGAAGAGUUAGGGGGAAGAUCGUUGUUGAUGUUGCGUAG